AUGCCCCGGUUCAAGACGAAGGUGGUGCUCCCCGUGCUCUUGCUCAUCGCCGUGGUCACCUACUGGCACCUGCUCACCAUCCGCGAGCACUACCGCGCGUUCACGCUGCCCCAGCCCGCCGCCCCCGCCCAGGAGAAACCGGUGGUGGGCGCCCACGGCAAAGUGAAAGACCUGCACCAGUUCUGGAACCAGGUGUUCGACCUCUUCACCGAGACCCGCCCCCAGUACGAAGGCGACGUCGACAAGGUGAUCCAGUUCAACAAAAAGGACCCGUUGGAGGGGUUCUCGAAGCCGGCGCUCACGCUGAAGUUUAUCGUCAGCGACGCCAACGUCGCCGCGUUUAAAGCGCUGCACGCGGCGUUGAUGAAGCGCCUCCCGCAACUGCUUUCCAAAGACGUGUACAAGCCGGGGACGAAAGGGAUCGCGUUGAUUGGCGGCGGCCGCUUUCUGUGGCUCUCGUUCCUCGCCCUCACCAACCUCCGCAACCUCGGGCUGACCCUCCCCGUCGAGCUCAUCAUCCCCACCUUCUCCGACUUUGAGAAGGAGCGUGACUUCUGUACCACGGUGCUCCCCGAGCUCAACGCCCGCUGCGUGCUUGUCCCCGACGUGUUGGGGCCCGACAUCAUGAACCGGUGGGAGUUCAAGAACUACCAGUACAAGCCGUUGGCGCUCAUCGUGUCCAGCUUCGAACAGGUGUUGUUGUUGGACAGCGACAACUACGUGUUGGAGAACCCGGACCCGUUGGUCGACCUGGACGUCGCCACCACCUACGGCAUGAUCACGUGGCCCGACUACUGGCGCCGCCUGAUCACACCCCAUUUCUACGACAUCACCGGCGUCAAGGUCAAUGAAAACAAGCGGGUGCGCUACAAUCGCUUACCUUUGGCCCACGAUAAGCUGGCGCUGGCCAACUUAAACCCCGAGGGAAUGGCCUCGGUGCCCUUCCACGAGAUGGAGGGGCUGAUCCCGGAUUUGCUGACGGAACUGGGCCAGUUGUUUAUCAAUAAGGCGCUGCACCCGCGCACCUUGCUCUUGCUGUUGUACUACAACAUGUACGGGCCCAAGCUCUACUACCGGAUGUUUUCGCUGGGGCAGGACGGCGAGGGCGACAAGGACACGUUUAUCGCGGCGGCGCACGUCGUCAACGAGCCCUACUACCAGGUGAAGACGGCGAUCCGCACCAUGGGGUACACGAAACAGGACGGCAACUUCCAGGGGGUGGCGAUGGGCCAGGCCGACCCCAUCGAGGACCACGCCAAGUAUGAGCUUGUGGCUAAAGAUCCCGUGAAACCCACGGGGGAAGAAACGAUCAAUCUGGUCACCCUUUCGCAAGGCGACGACCUCUUAAAGUCGACGUUUGGCGAACACGUCCACAAGAAGAUGUUUGCCAUGCACUGCAACUGGCCCAAGUUCGACCCCAUCGACUUGAUGCAGAAGCCCGAGAUCUACGACGCCGAACAUAACAAGUUGCGCCACCGGUUCUACGGCGACCUCACCUAUAAGAAGAACGAGGUCGUCAACGGCCAGUGGACCCCCGUCGAGGUCAACUUCGAGGUCGAGCGGUGGAAAGAGGUGCGCAGCGUCCUCUGCGAGCGGCGGAUCUCGUUUGUCCAUUUUAGCAAAGUCGACUUGGAGUUGAUCUGCGAGUUUGCCAAGAACCAAGUCGAAUGGCUCGAGGCCGAGGUGAAAAAGGACAAGGAGAAAAAGGAUUAG